AGGUUGUGACAACUUCCCAUGGAACACACCAGCAUUAUUAAAAAAUCCAUAUGUCUGUUAUAAACAUGACAAUUGGCAUGAGUUGGUCUAACUCCGGUGCGGUCAAUUAAUGAUCACUCUCUCCGCCCGCUAGCCGUAGUGAGCAGGGAUAUGUAAGUGCAACUCGCGCACACAUAGUCACGGAGUCACGGACGUCACGGACGUCGUGAACGGUCGUGAAGGCUUGGAGUUGUCUUUGAGAAUAGGGAGUGGGCCCAGUGGGCCGUAAUGUAUAAUAUUAUAGCUGGCGAGCUUGGAAGGAGAUUAGUUAAUAAUGGUUGUUGUUACAGUAUCUUAAAGACAUGUUUCCGAUAUGUUUAAUAUUAGUGUAAUAAGAAAGAAAAUUCCAGAUAUCGUAAACGUACCUGGUAAACCACCGAUGCCGUUUAUUUGCAGUUUUUACACUUAAAACAUAUUUUUGUGAUUUCUGUAAUAUUCAAUUUGUGGUUGUUUCGGACGCAGUUUUUGAGGAUGCUGUGUUUCCUUAUCGUGUUUGUGGGUUGCUGGAUUAGUGGAAUAGCUGAAAAUAUACACAUGACAAAGGUUUUUAUACUGCCAAUUGAACCUGGAAUGUUCAAUUGGACCUUACAAGGCGCAACAGAUCAGUUUUCUUAUCGGCCUUCACUGUUAAAUGCACCAGAUCUCCCUCCUUGGAUUCACUAUGUAUACAGUGACAGACAUCAGACAGGCUUUUUGUAUGGAGUUCCUCCUCAGCAACAUGAUGAUGUAGAGCUGGAGAUUGUUGGACUAAAUCGAAAGAACUAUGAAACACGUCGGAGAGUGGUUCAUAUGAAUGUUCAAGAGAAACCAGAUCCAGCAAAACAUGAAGUGCAGAUGAAGAUUGAUAAUUUGAAUGUGGAGGAUAUGUUUGACUCCUAUCGUCUAAACCGGCUGUUGGAUGUAUUUCGUUGUGAGCUGUGGCGUGAAAGUGAAAGUGAUCUUUAUGUCACAUUUUUGGCAUCAGCUGUGCACCUUGGAGCUAGACAUCCACUUCGGCCAAAUGAAGGAGAAGGUGUUGUUUUGAGAAUUGGCAGCAGAGCACAGUUUUCUGUUGCACUUGUGAAACUGCAGGAUGAAGUGAAACCACUGUGGAAGCGGGGUUCAUGUCCACGGGAUUUCAAACGAACAACUGUAGAACGACUCUUCCGAGAUGAAGGCUUUGUUCUUGAUUGGUGUGCUUUCAGACUCGUUGAGGCAAGUUCGUCAUCUUUGCAUCAGCAUUUUCCAGCUGGACCAGAUUUAGAAUCACCGGCUGAUCAUCGACCAUUAAGUCUUGGUCAAGAAGAUUUCUGGAUACGUCCAUCAAAGUCUCAGGUGCCACAACGAAGUUAUGUGAGCGAGUUUGUUUACACAAUUAUGAUACCAAUGCUGGUGAUGAUAAUACUGGUACUGAUUCUUUCACUCAUAUUGUGCUUCCAUCAUGAAGGAAUGAACACAAUCACUGUUGAGUCUGUAAACAAGGUACGCUGUCUCUACAGAAGUAAACGCAACAAGGAAACACCAGCAGUUCAGAUGGUGCAGUACACAGCCGUGCAUCGAGCAACCAACACUCUUAGAUCUCUGUCUAGCCAGAGGCAGGUUCCAAAUCCACCUUCUGAUCAGUGUUCUACUACAGUAUCUCGUUCACGAACUGCCAGUCCCAGCAGCUCCUUGCCUCAAACAAGUACUCCAAGGAUGUCUGUGGAAUGCAAUACAUAUUAUCGCCCCCAUCCCCCACCAUACACAGGGCCAACCCACAGUCGUGCAGAUUUCUGACUAUUAGAGGAGCCCAAGACUUGGUACUGCUAACGUGUUCCAAGGAGGGCAAGGAAAAUCAAUUAAUGAUAACAGCAGCAUCUUUGCAGCUAUAUAUACAUAUAUCCUUGAUUAUAUAUUUGUUGUAUGGUAGUUUUUGUGUGUUAGUGAGAAAAUGCCUAGUUUCUGUGGCAACCCUACCCGUGCAAUAAUACCCUGACAUUUUACUCCCUUUCCCACAUAUAUGUACAUGCAUGUAAACCUGUUAGUAUUCUGAUAAAUUUGUGCAGAUUCAGCAGCAGGAAUGAUGUGUAGACUUCUGUACUCUAAUUGUAUUCAAGUAACAAAUAUUGUUGUCAUAGACUUAUUGUACUUAAUCAUAACCUUUAAAACAAGUAUUCUCUCUUGUACUUAGAUAGAAUGAAAAUGAAUGUCACAGUUUAUUAAGUGCUACUCCUGCUUUGUACUUUGGUGGUGUUGGGUUUGGUUAUUGGCACAGAGUCUGAUUAUCCUGAGUGAGGUUUUGGGGGUUUUUCUCAGUAACUCCAGGCAUAUGAUAUUGUCACGUGUUGGGUAUGUCACGCAACAAAUAACUUCACAUGGGUCUCGGAUUCAGCGAAUCUUUAUUGGACACUCACUCUUACACACCUUACAAUUAUUAUCACUUGCAGUAUUGCUUGACUUCUGGCUCAGUACUCUAAUACUCAACUAUCCUUGGCCGUGGCUGGAUGUCAGCUGUCUCUGCUGGCGGCUAUCCAAAGAUUGUCUCGUUCUCCAUACUCAGUGCUCCAAUAUUCUAAUACUCAAUACUCAAUCUUCCGUUCAAGGCCAGGCCCCUUAUAUAAGGCACAUGCGGACUCAAUAGAGGACACCCCUCGCCAAGGUUCGAUCUCACAUGUUUGGCAAUCCAUUGCUUCGCGAACGUUCCUUAUAGAUUACACCAGUAACAUGUUUCGUUUCAGCCAUUGUUACUCAACGGCAAUUCGUUGCUAUGAUUUGUCACUGCAGGAAUUCCACAAUUUCCACGUAUUCGUUGUUGUGGAAGUGUCCAUUCUGAUUGUAGUGGUUGUCGCAGUGAUGGACAUAAGGUAACACGUCACAAUAUCUUUUCUUUCUCGUCAUGCAUAGUCAGCCAUUCAGUGCUGUAUAAACAGUAUAAUAAAGAAGGUACUGUUAAACAAAGCAAGAAGCAAGCAAUAUGAUAGACUGAGUUGGUAGUUGGUUCAGGCACUGUGCUACAAGCCAGAAGGUUGUGGG